GUUCCGGCCCGCAGCCGCCAAUCUGUGAGAGGAGCCGAGAGCGGGGAAGCGAGCGGGCCGGAGGGCCAAGCCUCAUUGAUGUCCAGCUCGCCGUUGUCCAAGAAGCGCCGCGUGUCUGGAUCUGAGCCGAAGACGGGUUCGAACUGCUCCUCUGGCAACUCCGUACAGAGUGACCCGCGCGCAGCGCCCACCAACGGCAUGGCUAAGAAUGGCAGUGAUGUUGACAUCGAUGAGGGCCUGUACUCCAGGCAGCUGUACGUGCUGGGCCACGAGGCCAUGAAGCGGAUGCAGAACGCCAGCGUCCUAGUGUCGGGGCUGCGGGGGCUGGGCGUGGAGAUCGCCAAGAACAUCAUCCUGGGUGGCGUCAAGUCGGUCACCCUGCACGACACUGAGCCCGCCCAGUGGGCAGACCUGGCCUCCCAGUUCUACCUGCGGGAGGAGGACUUGGGGAAGAACCGGGCCGAGGUCUCCCAGCCGCGCCUGGCCGAGCUCAACUCCUAUGUGCCCGUCAGCGUCCACACCGGGGCCCUUACCGACGACUUUCUGAGCCAGUUCCAGGUCGUGGUUCUCACGAACUCGCCUCUGGAGGGAGCAGCUGCGGGUCGGGGAGUCUGCCACAGCAAGGGCAUUAAGAUGGUGGUAGCUGACACCAGGGGGCUCUUUGGUGACCUCUUCUGCGACUUCGGGGAUGAGAUGGUCGUGACCGACACCAAUGGGGAGCAGCCGCUCAGCGCACAUGAUCUCAUGAUCACCAAGGGCUGCCGGGGGAGGACCUGCUGGACGAGGCUCGCACGGCGUGAGAGCGGGGACUGUAUCCUUACUGAGGUGGCGGCAUGGAGGAGCUCAACCACUGCCCCCAUGGAGAUCAAAGUGCUGGGGCCCUACACUUUCAGCAUCGGCGACACCAGUAGCUUCUCCGAGUAUGUGCGGGGUGGCAUCGUCUCCCAGGUCAAGAUGCCCAAGAAGAUCAGCUUUAAGCCCCUGAGCGUGGCGCUGGCCGAGCCUGACUUCGUGGUGACCGACUUCGGGAAGUUCGACCGCCCGGCCCAUCUGCACCUGGCCUUCCAGGCCCUGCACGACUUCCAGCGCCAGCACCAGCGCCUGCCGCGGCCCCGCAGCGAGGCGGACGCGGCCGAGGUGCUGGCGCUGACCCAGGCGGUGAACCAACGGGCCCCACCAGCACUCAAGCAGGAGAAGCUGAACGAGGGGCUGAUCAAGGAGCUGGCAUACCAGGCCGCCGGGGACCUGGCACCCAUCAACGCCUUCAUCGGGGGGCUGGCUGCCCAGGAGGUCAUGAAGGUAGCGCCAGGACGCCUGGGCCUGCCUCCGGGAAGUUCAUGCCUGUCAUGCGUGGCUCUAGCUUAUGACCACUGGGAGGUGUCUGCCCGAGGACCAGCAAGGAAGGUGCUGACCGGAAGGGCAGUGCUGCCAAGGAACAGCCGUUACGACGGGCAGAUCGCCGUGUUCGGGGCUGACCUGCAGGCCAAGCUGGGGCAGCAGAAGUAUUUCCUGGUGGGCGCCGGCGCCAUCGGCUGCGAGCUGCUGAAGAACUUCGCCCUGCUGGGGCUGGCGUGCGGGGACGGUGGGGAAGUGACCGUGACCGACAUGGACACCAUCGAGAAAUCCAACCUCAACCGCCAGUUCCUCUUCCGGCCUUGGGACGUCACGAAAAUGAAGUCUGACACAGCAGCUGCCGCGGUGCGGCAGAUGAACCCCAACAUCCACAUCAUGAGCCACCAGGACCGCGUGGGGCCCGACACAGAGCGGGUCUAUGAUGACGACUUCUUCGAGGGCCUGGAUGGCGUGGCCAACGCGCUGGACAAUGUGGACGCCAGAAUGUACAUGGACCGCCGGUGCGUCUAUUACCGCAAGCCCCUGCUGGAGUCCGGCACGCUGGGCACCAAGGGCAACGUCCAGGUGGUGAUCCCCUUCCUGACGGAGUCAUACAGCUCCAGCCAGGACCCGCCUGAGAAAUCCAUCCCCAUCUGUACCCUCAAGAACUUCCCCAAUGCCAUUGAGCACACGCUGCAGUGGGCCCGGGACGAGUUUGAAGGCCUCUUCAAGCAGCCGGCAGAGAGCGUCAACCAGUACAUCUCAGACCCCAAGUUCAUGGAGCGCACGCUCAAGCUGCCGGGCACGCAGCCCCUGGAGGUGCUGGAGGCCGUCAACAAGAGCCUGGUGAGCGAGCGGCCCCGGAGCUGGGCCGACUGCGUGGGCUGGGCCUGCCGCCACUGGCACUGCCAGUACAGCAACAACAUCCGCCAACUGCUGCACAACUUCCCACCCCACCAGAAGACCAACUCCGGCACCCUGUUCUGGUCAGGGCCCAAGAGAUGUCCCCACCCCCUCACCUUCGACGAGAGCAAUCCCCUGCACAUGGAUUACAUCAUGGCGGCGGCGAAUCUCUUUGCCCAGACCUACGGCAUCACGGGCACACGGGACGUGGGCGCUGUGGCCGAGCUGCUGCACCAGGUGCAGGUGCCCGAGUUCACGCCCAAGUCUGGCGUGCGGAUCCACAUCUCAGACCAGGAGCUGCAGAACGCCAACGCCUCCGUCGACGACAGCCGGCUGGAGGAGCUGAAAUCCAGCCUCCCCAACCCUGAGGACCUGCAGAGCUUCCGCAUGUACCCCAUCGACUUCGAGAAGGACGAUGACACUAAUUUCCACAUGGAUUUCAUCGUGGCGGCAUCGAACCUGCGGGCUGAGAACUAUGACAUCCCGCCUGCCGACCGGCACAAGAGCAAGCUGAUCGCCGGGAAGAUCAUCCCGGCCAUCGCCACGACGACAGCGGCGGUGGUGGGGCUGGUGUGUCUGGAGCUGUACAAAGUGGUGCAGGGCCACAAGCGGCUGGAGUCCUACAAGAAUGGCUUCCUCAACCUGGCCCUGCCGUUCUUUGGCUUCUCCGAGCCCAUCGCCUGCCCGCGCAACAAGUACUACGACAUUGAGUGGACGCUGUGGGACCGGUUCGAGGUGCAGGGGGUGCAGCCCAGCGGGGAGGAGAUGACGCUGCGCCAGUUCCUGGCCUAUUUUAAGAGCGAGCACCGGCUGGAGAUCACUAUGCUGUCGCAGGGCGUCUCCAUGCUCUACUCCUUCUUCAUGCCGCCCGCCAAGCUGCGUGAGCGCCACGACCAGCCGAUGACGGAGAUCGUGACCAAGGUGUCGAAGAAGAAGAUCGGGCGACACGUCAAGGCCCUGGUCUUCGAGCUCUGCUGCAACGACGACAGCGAGUGCGACAUCGAGGUGCCCUAUGUCCGCUACACCAUCCGCUAGGGGCGGGGCCUCCCCACGCCCCGCCCCCAGGGCUCACUGGGUGGGGCCUCCGCACGCCCCGCCCUCCACGGUUAAAGUGAGGCAAAACAUGGACUAAAGGGCCUCCCCCCAGGAACUGGUCUGAGGUUCGGGGA